GAGCUGGAGCUCAUUGAGGAACAGAGAGAGAGAGAGAGAUCUUUUCUUACAUUUGUUUUUUUUUUAAAUCUGAGAAUUGCUCCUUCAUUAAAAGUCAGGAUGAAUGUCGUGCAGCUGAUGGCUUGUGGACUAAUCAUGAGUCUUAUGUUGGUCAGAACAGAGGCGAGACCCACAACACCAAGCCAGCAAAAGGCUCUGGAAGCUCUGCUGGGAGAAGAGCUGGCGGAUUUUCUGGCUUCAGGUGAACGCAGGAUGCGGCUGCUGAGGGAACUCCGCACAGACACUCGCGCCAAGGGCAUGUGGGCACGCUUUGUAAGUGACCAGAAUGGCUCACGGAGGCACAAAUCAGGAACAAAGAAAGCAGGAAGCACCACCAGGAACGGCUGCUUUGGACACAAGAUGGACAGAAUAGGCACCAUCAGCGGCAUGGGCUGCCAACCGGCGUAUUACCCAUCCACAAAUAACCUCUCCUGAGUAUCGCAAGGACGAUGAGGUUUCGGACAAUGUUGACUUUCUCCUUUUGAGGAAAAGCCUUAAGAAAAUGUAUUAAAAAAAAGAAAGAAAAAAAAGAAAAAAGACCCAGAUUGUCGGUACGGAAAGUUGCCAAAAUUGAGCGCCAUGGGAGAAAAAAUGUAAUCAUCAAAAA